CCCUCUCAUGACAAUCAGGUCUUCCCCUUUGUGGACAUGGAAGUGGGAAAUCGCACCAUUCUGACUGAAUUCAUCCUGGUGGGCUUCUCUGUAGAUCCUCAGUGGCAGCUGAUUCUAUUUGGAAUAUUUCUAAUUCUCUACUUGGUAACCUUGUCAGGGAACAUGACCCUGGUUAUCUUAAUCUGGAUUGAUUCCCGGCUGCAUACACCUAUGUAUUUUUUCAUUGGUAAUCUGUCUUUUUUGGAUUUCUGGUAUACCUCUGUAUAUACUCCUAAAAUAUUAGCAAUUUGUAUCUCAGAAGAUAAGCGCAUUUCCUUGUCUGGAUGUGGGGCUCAGUUUUUCUUUUCUGCUCUUGUAGCCUACACUGAGUGCUAUCUGCUUGUAAUGAUGGCAUAUGACCGCUAUGCUGCCAUUUGUAAACCAUUGCUUUAUUCAGGUACCAUGUCCACUUCUCUCAGUACAGGACUUGUUCUUGGUUCCUAUGUAGGAGGAUUUUUGAAUGCCAUAGCCCAUACUAUCAAUACUUUCCGACUGAGUUUCUGUGGUAAAAAUAUCAUUGACCACUUUUUCUGUGAUGUACUGCCAUUAGUAAAAAUGUCCUGCACAGACACCGAGGUCUAUGUGAAAAUUCUUUCCAGUAUGGUGGGCUUCAGCAUCCUUUCCAGCAUCCUUGCCAUCCUCAUUUCCUAUUUCAAUAUCCUCCUGGCUAUCCUGAAGAUCCGCUCAGCCUCAGGAAGGCACAAGGCUUUCUCCACCUGUGCUUCCCACCUAGUCUCUGUCACACUCUUCUAUGGAUCCUUGCUCUUCAUGUAUUCAAGGCCCAGUUCCAACUACUCCCUAGAGAGAGACAAAGUGGCUGCCCUCUUCUACACCAUCAUCAACCCAUUGCUAAACCCCCUCAUUUACAGCCUGAGAAACAAAGAUGUCAAAGAGUCCUUCAGGAAAGUAACACAGACCAUAAGAACACAAGUGUGA